AGCCGCAGGGUGGCGGCCCGGGGGGCUCCUCGGCGGAGGCGGCUUCUCCUUGGCAGGGUCACCGCUCUGCCGCCCUGUGUAACGGAGGGGGGAAAGGCCCCGUUCUGCCCGACUGGCUGCGGGGCGGCUAGAAGACGCCAUCGGCCGAGACACCCGCUGCCGUUAAACGAGCCUCGUAAAGAUUUUGAAGAUCUUGGAAGCGUGAGUUGUAAACUGGAUGCAAACUUAAAGAAAUGUCCCACAGACAUACAUAAGGAGUUGAUAUUUAAUGAUACGCUUACUGCCUUCUUUUUCUGUAGUUUGUAUCCGAGAAACGACAUGAGCACAACUCAAAGGAAGCGCAGAGCUGGAGCGGCCAAUUCUAGACAAACCCAGAAGCGAGUGAGAUUGGGGACGGCCGCCGAGAUGGCUGCGGAAGCGGAACCGAUAGAACUCGUCGAAAGCGCCGGGGAAGAAGUAGUGGAUCUGACCUGUGAAUCUUCCGAACCUGUAGUCGUUGAUCUAACUCACAAUGACUCGGUGGUGAUUGUUGAAGAGGAUCGCAGGCAGAGGAGAAGCCUGGGCGUAAGUCAGCGACAGCCCGACAGCUGCGUAUUAAGUAGUGACGACGAGGACGAAUCCAGAGACCACGAUGUCUACGUCACAAACAAUGUGCCCCGGGAAUCCGUCGCCCCGGAAGAGGAAGCUACAAGGUCGAGGCCUUCAGGCACUGUUAGUUGCCCAAUUUGCAUGGACGGUUACUCAGAGAUCGUGCAGAGCGGACGCCUCAUCGUGUCUACCAAAUGCGGCCACGUGUUCUGUAGUCAGUGCCUCCGAGAUUCCCUCCGAAACGCUAGCUCUUGCCCCACGUGUCGGAAAAAACUCAAUCACAAACAGUACCAUCCCAUCUAUAUAUGACCAGCCUCCAAGGGCAGCCAGAGAGGGGACUUCCAGGACUCUCUUUUUCUCCCCCCACUGUUGAUGCCCUGGCAUCAACGAGCGGCAGGUUGUAAGCUCCUCUAAAUGUAAAGAGAAUUGGGCUGUCUGUGUUUA